AUGCUUUGGAAUGAGCAUAUCCACACAAUAACCUGCCUCUUUCUUACUAUGCCUGGAAUUGUGGGGAAUGUGCUAAUAUUUGGGAAAUAUGUAUAUGAUGUUCUUGUGGUGACUGAGAAAAAACCCUUAGACCUUAUCCUGGUUCACUUGGCAUUUUCAAAUAUAGUCAUUAUUUGUAGCAUAGUUGUCAGUGAUGCAGCCAUAAAGCUUUAUUUCAAGAUCUUCCUAGGUGAUGUUGGUUGUAAAGUUGUGGUUUUUCUGGGAAGGAUGGCUCGAGGCCUCUCCAUCUGCACCACCUGUCUCCUCAGCAUGGUCCAGGCUGUCACCGUCAACCCCAGGAUAACCCUGUGGAGAAAACUCAAACCACAGACUGCAGGACAGGUUCUUCCCUAUCUUCUCCUCUUUUGGUUGUUAAAUUCUCUGGUAAGCUCCAACUUGCUGUUCUAUAUAACAGCAAUCAGUACUGUGAACAGAUCUGGAGUUGACAGGUAUGCUGGGUACUGCAAUAUGCUACCAUCUAGGCUCACAGUGAGGUGGCUGUUCCUCUCUCUCAUGGCUCUCCGUGAUGUCGUCUUCCAGAGUCUCAUGGGCUGGAGCAGUGCGUCCAUGGCUCUCCAUCUAUACCAACAUCACAAGCGUGUCUCCUACCUUCACAGCUCCAAGUAUGUGAAAAAUUCCAGCCCAGAAAUCAGAGCCACACUGAGCACUCUUAUUCUCAUGACUUGUUUCCUGGUCUUUUAUUGGGUAGAUUUCAUCUUCUCAUUCUAUACAGGUUCAACACUGACACAAGACUCCAUCAUCUUAAUUAUUAAAAGUUUUCUAAAUUUUGGUUAUGCUGUUUUUAGCCCCUUUGUCCUGAUCACCAGAGACAUUGCUAGAUACUGGAGUGCUCACUAA